AUGGCAAGCGGGGGGGCCUUGGGAGCAGCACCUCGUGGCGGCCUCUCGAAGGGUGACUUCAUCAUCGUGCAGUACCACGUCCCAGAAGACCUAUGGCAUGUUCGGUUGCUUCUUGCGGCUGUAUCGGAAACUCUAUGGGUGAUUGUGACACCCCAGGCGGACCUCUACAUAGAGGACAUUGGGGUCAACAGCCAAGAGAUCUCCGCGUGGCGCGCUUUCGAUCCAACUGGCCCAUUGCCGUACGGGGUGGCUCCCGGGACUGUGCAUGGAUUCAGGCAGCUCCCCGAUGCUGCGGCGAAACAGCGUCUCUUCGACGAAGGAGAAAGACACGCCCUGCUGGUGUCGGGAACCCGGCAGUGCCCAAUCUUGCCGGUGGUGCCGGAGGUCGGUCUUCGGCGUAUCAGCGACGUGCUGAGAGGCUGGGGUCUUACCGUUCACGAGCUGGAGGAGGCGAAACACUCUGGGGAUUUUGUUGGUCUGCAUUUCAACGGGCUCGGGGGAUUCGUGUCAAUUAAGCCUAGCAGGAUCCAUAAGAUCAAGUCUGCUAUUGAUGACCUCCUCCACAGGCAGUUUUGCAGCGGGCGAGUGCUCCAGACUAUUUUGGGUCACCUUACUUGGGCUAGCAUGGGAAGACGAGAGUCCCUCGCCAUAUUGAACUCUUGUUAUGCCUUUGUCCAUCAGAAGGGUGAGCACUCUGGCCGGCUCUGGCCCAGUGUGCGCAAAGAGUUGGAGUGGUUCAGCGCUGUACUGCCUUUGCUGCGGAUGAAGAUUAACUGCGGCUGGAGUCAAGACAUUACAGCUAGUGAUUCUUCGCCUUGGGGUUUGGGUGUCUGCCUGAGAACCUUAGAGAAACAGGAGGUUCAGUCAUUGGGUGGGUGCAGUGAACGUUGGCGAUUUAGAUUUGAGGAUGCACUGCGAGCAAGGGACCACGCGCUGAAUCAGGAUGACGGUGAGGCGUUCAAGCCUGGUGAGUCAGGAAUCGGAUCAAUCCGUGACUGCUCACUUGGCAUUUCGAGUUUCAUUCGUGAUCUUGGUUUUGACGAGGUGCCUAAGAAGGUAUUGCAAAAAGAUGCCUGGACAGUUGUGUGGUCUCGUCCGUGGAAGUUCGAAGCCAACAUCCUCCACACUGAAGCCCGCGCACUUGUAUGGUCCGCUGAGCAUCUCCUCAGGUCAAAUAGGAACCUUUGCAAAAGGCUGGUUUGUCUCAGUGAUAACCUUCCUUUGGUCCUUAGCGCUACAAAGGGGCGUGGCAAAUCGAAGUAUCUCAUUGGCCCUCUUCGGAGGUUGGCCGCUUUGGGGUUGGCGUGCGGUUCCAAAGUCCAUGUUCGUUGGGUUCCUUCCGAACUUAACGUUGCUGAUGCUCCAUCUCGUGCCAUUCGACAGAAAUCAGCGCAGAGCAAGACUGCAGUUCCGGAAGGGCUCACUUACCUCGAGUCGCGAAGCGUUCGCGCUCCAACGCUGGCCGACUACCAGAACCGCCUGAAGCAGUUCGAGAUUUGGCUGGGGGUAGUGGCGUGCGCAGUCUUAGACCUUGCUCUGCUGGACAUGGCGAUGGUGGAGUAUGUGAACGAGCUGUUCGAUCUGGGGAAGGGAGUCGACUCCGGGGUCAGGGCUCUCGCCGCCUUGAAAUUUUUCCACCCGCUGCUGGGCCGCAACACAGGCCACUUGAUGCCAAGAACAGCAAGGGCGUUGAAGGGAUGGUCGCUUGCGGCCCCAUCGAGGCAGCGGCUCCCAAUCCCUCUCGAGGGUCUUGGAUGCAUCAUGGGCAUCCUGAUCGCAGCAGGUUUGGUGGAGAUGGCCUUGAGGCUCUUCAUUCAGUUCAGCUGCUACCUGAGACCAGGAGAAUGCUCAAAUCUUCUUUGCAAGCAGCUCGUGGCUCCCCAAGCGACUGCACUGGCCGGGCAAGCUUUCAGGUACUGGGCCAUUCUUCUGCACCCAAUAGAGGAUGGAGUCCCGGGGAAGACCAACAUGUUCGACGCGACAGUUCUGUUGGACUCGGACGCCUGGAUGGAUCCUCUUUUGCGCGGACUGCUCUCAAAGAAGUCGCCGGACGAUCCACUGUGGGCUCAUUCUCACAACCAGGUGAGCAGCAGUUUCCAGGAUGCCAUCACAAAGCUUGGGCUCGAGCAUAUGGGGUGGCAACUUUACAAUCUCAGGCAUGGAGGGGCGACCCACGACGUCCUCUCACGAAGACGAAGUCUCAUGGAGGUGAAGCAGAGGGGCCGCUGGCUUGCGGACAACUCGGUGAAGCGCUAUGUGAAGCAAGCCAGGAUGCAGUCCGAGCUUGCCCGCAUCCCCACGCACAUCAGGGAGUACGGGGCUGGCAUCAUCAGGCAACUCCCCGAGCUCCUCCUGCAAGGGCUUCUGUCUCCGAGAGUUGGUACGUUCAACCUGACAAUGCUCUUUGCUGCAAAUGCAGCGGCCGGGGAGGAAUUUGCUCCCGUUCGGGAAUUGAUUUCGCCGUUCCGCCAGUUGUCCAUUUCGACCAUGCUAGAUGGGCUUGAGAGCGAGGGGCCAGCCGGCACUCAUCAAAGGCGGCUCCUGCGAGGUGCGCUGCAAGGCACCCUUCUUCGUAGGCCCGCCCUCGCGUGCCUACUGCCAGGAGCGGGUUCGAAGAAGUCAGAAGAUGAGGGGAGCAGGGGCGAGACGGAUGUGCGGGGCCGGGUGGACAACCUAGUCCGGGCCCACAUUAUCACACGCCCUGUUUGGGCCAAGCCGCCAUCGUUCCCCUGUAGCCUCGUGAAGCGCUUUGACAUGGACAGUCCGGCCGUCAUGGAGCGGGCAGCAGUGCCAGAUGACGUGCCCACCAGCCGAAUCGAGGCCCGGCUACACCUGGAAUGGCACCGCGUGGGAGUGCGCCGCCGGCUGGACGGGACAGGUGCGCGUCGUGUGCAGCAUGGAAAACUGCGACGUGAGCCCCAGCACGCUGACUGGCUGCGUGCAGCUGCAGUCCUGCACGAUUCCGGAAGCGGAUGA